AACAAUCAAGACUUGAUUUCAUAUCCGGUGAGUGAAGGCGAAACAAUUUUUGAAUUGGCUGUUAAGUUCAAUACAACACAAGAAGCUAUCGUAUCUGCAAAUAACAGAUCAUUCGAAAGCUUUAGACCCGAAAGUUUGACACCUAUUACAUCUCUUCUGAUUCCGCUUGAAAGAAAACCUAUACUCGGUCCCCUAGCAAAACCCCGGGAAACCAAUUUGCGCUUUCCGGCAACUAGCAUCCCAGCAAUUAGUCCACACAAUAAGAAGGCGAAGAUGGACCAGAUCGGGUUGUAUGUCGUGCUUAGCGGAGUCACUGUUGGAGCCAUCAUUGCGAUCGCGGCAGCAUUCUUGCUACUUAAGAUGAAGAAAAAGAAAACGACUUCACCAAAAGGAUGUGAUGUGGAGCUGCAACAGCUCAGCCUAAGUGUGAGGACAACAAGCGACAAGAAAGUCUCGUUUGAAGGAUCUCAAGAUACUUUUGUCAGUCAAAUCGUCGAGACCACCACACCACGAAAGGCGCUGGUGGAGAUGUAUACAAUUGAGGAGCUGACGAGAGCAACCGAGGACUUCAGUUCGAGCAACCAUAUCGAGGGAUCUGUGUACCACGGCCGCCUAAGCGGGAAGAACUUGGCAGUAAAGCGCACGCAGCCGGACAGCAUUCCGAAGAUAGAGUUUGGCCUUUUUCAUGACGCAAUUCACCAUCACCCCAACGUAAUGAGGCUGUUGGGAACUUGCUUGAGGCCGGAGGGGGAAGAAUCGUUUCUGGUUUUCGAGUACGCGAAGAAUGGAUCUUUGAAGGACUGGCUCCACGGCGGAUUGGCAAUCAAAAACCAGUUCAUUGCGUCAUGCUAUUGUUUCUUAACGUGGAGCCAAAGGCUGAGGAUAUGUCUUGAUGUGGCCAUGGCAUUGCAGUACAUGCACCACAUUAUGAACCCCCCUUAUGUCCAUCGAAAUGUCAAGAGCCGAAACAUUUUCCUAGAUGAAGAAUUCAAUGCGAAGAUUGGGAAUUUCGGCAUGGCAAAGUGCGCUGAAAAUGAAGCCGAGGAUCAGAGCUUCGAGUACAUGGCACCCGAAUAUCUUCAACAGGGUGUGAUUUCUCCGAGCAUUGACAUAUUUGCAUACGGUGUGGUGUUGCUAGAGGUCUUGUGUGGACAAACGCCAAUAAGCAGGCCGGGCGCUAAGGGAGAAGGAAACUUUUACCUGUCGGAGAAGAUCAAAUCCGUGUUGAAGUCAGACAAUGCAGAGGAGCUAAGAGAGUGGAUGGACAGCGCGUUGGGGGAUAACUAUUCGUUCGAUGCAGCUGUCACAUUGGCGAAUCUUGCAAGGGCCUGCGUCGACGAAGACCCUAGUUUGAGGCCUAGUGCUGUGGAAGUUGUCGAGAAGUUGUCACGAUUGCUGGAGGAGUCGAAAAGCGUGGAGGGAGAGAAUAUUUUUAUCAGUGAGAGCUCUUGUAAGCCGCUGGUGAAGGCAGCAGCAGGGGCGAACAAUAAGUGAAUAAAGCAUUGGAGGAUGCAAACAGAAGACAUGUUCUUCUGGGCGCUGUUACAAAUGUUUCUACUUUUGUCUUAGGUUCUUGGCAUAGGGUUCUUCUGCCUGUAUAUAUAUGUAAUAUCUUCGUUUCCUCAAAAUUCAA